UCAUCACCACUACUCACUAAAUUCCCCUCACUUUCUUCCCUGCCAAACACCCCCCAACCUACCCAUAUCAAAUUAACAUGGCUUGCUCCACUUCUUCCUUGAGAACUUUCUCUUUGAUGAGUCCGAGCGACUCAUCUGCUAGAUCAUCCACUCCCACCACCAACUCACUCUUGCCUUUCAAGAUUGCGAACCCAUCAAAUCCAAAUCUCACCGCCAUUUUUUCAAGAACUGCUCAUUUUAACAAAUUUUCUUCUCCUAACAGACCCUUCUCGUGCAAGAAUCAAGCUGCUCCAUCGGAUGAUGACUCGAGACUCACAGCUAAAGUUCAAGAACUGUGUGUUUAUGAGAUCAAUGAAAGGGAUCGGGGAAGUCCAGCUUAUCUCCGUUUGAGCCAGAAGCAAGUUAAUUCACUUGGUGAUCUUGUUCCUUUUAGCAACAAGCUUUAUUCGGCUGACCUGCAACAAAGGAUAGGAAUAACAGCAGGACUAUGCAUUUUGAUCCAAAACAAACCGGGAAUGAAAGGUGACCGGUACGAAGCAACCUACAGCUUCUACUUUGGAGACUACGGUCACAUAGCUGUGCAGGGACCUUACUUGACUUAUGAGGACACGUACCUUGCUGUGACUGGUGGGUCAGGGAUUUUCGAAGGAGUGUAUGGUCAAGUUAAACUCCAACAAAUAAUUUUUCCUUUCAAGCUUUUUUACACCUUUUAUUUAAAGGGUAUUAAAGAUUUGCCCCAAGAGUUACUUAAAAAGCCAGUUGAGCCACACCCAGCUGUUGAGCCGCAUCCUGAUGCUAAGGCUUGUGAGCCUCAUGCUAUUGUUCCUAAUUUCACCGAUUAAUUAGUUUUUUGGAGUCAUUAGUCGGUGUUAAUUAUGGUUUAUGAAUUAUGAUUAUGUGCGUUGUUAAUGAUGUUUAAAGAGUAAAGACAAUGGGGUUUAUUAGAUCAUUUUUUAGUUUAAGCCAAUAAUGUGGUACUUUUGGAGUACAAUAAUGUGGAUUGCUGGCUGGCGGAUUUGAUAGUUUUGAUUCUUUGGGUUUUGGAAA